UUUUCCAUUUUUUAACAAGUGUUAUUCUGUGCUGUGCAUUUUCCCAUUUCACACUGAACCAGUGAAGGCCCUUUUCGUGCCUUCUCCUCUAUUUAAGCUUUACCCAUCAUCCUUUGUUUGUCACUGUGACUCAAAAGCUUCUGAAACUGACCCCUAACUCUGUGGGAUUUUUUCGCAGAUUCGAUGGGGAAAGUGCUGUUUCUGCGUUUACUCUGUGGAGUUUUGGCUGUUUUAGGUGUUUCUCUGGUCAAUGCAGAUGACCCAUAUCGGUAUUACACUUGGACUGUGACUUAUGGGACUAUUUCUCCCCUUGGUGAACCCCAACAGGUCAUUCUCAUCAACGGCCAAUUCCCUGGUCCUCAACUUGAUGUAGUCACUAAUGACAAUAUCAUUCUUAAUCUCGUCAAUAAGCUGGAUCAACCUUUCCUCUUGACUUGGAAUGGGAUUAAACAAAGGAAGAAUUCUUGGCAAGAUGGAGUGCUGGGAACCAAUUGCCCCAUCCCUCCAAACUCAAACUACACUUACAAGUUCCAGACCAAGGAUCAGAUUGGGACUUUCACAUACUUCCCUUCAACUUUAUUUCACAAAGCUGCUGGAGGGUAUGGUGCAAUCAAUGUGUAUGAGAGACCUAGAAUUCCAAUUCCUUUUUCAAUCCCUGAUGGAGAUUUCAGUCUGCUUAUUGGUGAUUGGUACAAGACAAAUCACAAGGCAUUACAGGCAUCUUUGGAUUCAGGAAAGCCUCUUGCAUUUCCAGAUGGGGUCCUCAUAAAUGGCCAGACACAUACUACAUUCAGCGCUGAUCAAGGUAAAACCUAUAUGUUCAGGAUCUCAAAUAUGGGCUUGUCAACGUCCUUAAACUUCAGGAUUCAGGGUCAUAUGAUGAAGUUGGUUGAAGUUGAAGGAUCUCACACCAUUCAGAAUAUAUACGACUCUCUUGAUGUGCAUGUUGGACAAUCUGUGGCUGUCUUAGUAACUCUAAAUCAGCCCCCAAAGGAUUACUACAUUGUUGCAUCCACUCGUUUUACUAAGCAAGUCCUCACAGCAACUGCAGUGUUACACUACUCAAACUCCAAGGCCCCAGCCUCUGGACCUCUGCCUGCUCCUCCUGCUGGCCAAUUUCACUGGUCUAUGAGGCAGGCCAGAACUUACAGGUGGAAUCUAACUGCAAGUGCAGCCAGGCCCAAUCCUCAGGGUUCAUAUCACUAUGGAAAGAUAACUCCUACUAAGACAAUUGUCUUGGCAAAUUCAGCACCUUUAAUUAAUGGAAAGAAGCGUUAUGCAGUUAACAAGGUGUCCUAUGUUAAUCCUGAUACCCCAUUGAAGCUUGCUGAUUACUUCAAUAUACCAGGAGUCUUCAGUGUUGAUUCCAUACAAAGCCUUCCAUCUGGCGGUCCUGCAUAUGUAGCUACCUCUGUUAUACCAGCAUCACUCCAUGAUUUUGUCGAAGUCAUUUUCCAAAACAACGAAUACGCAAUGCAAUCAUGGCAUCUUGAUGGUUAUGACUUUUGGGUUGUUGGUUAUGGAAAAGGCCAGUGGACUCCGGCCAGGAGACGCUCGUACAAUCUAGUUGAUGCUCUUACUAGACAUACUGCUCAGGUAUAUCCGAACUCAUGGACCGCUAUACUGAUCUCUCUGGACAACCAGGGGAUGUGGAACAUGAGAUCUGCGAUGUGGGAGAGGCAGUAUCUUGGGCAGCAGUUAUAUCUCAGGGUCUGGACUUCAGUUCACAGCCUUGCUAAUGAAUAUGAUAUUCCUAACAAUGCUCUACUCUGUGGGAAAGCUGCCGGACGGCACCCUUAGCGUGGCAAACUAACUGAAUGAUGUCUGUUUUCUCAGUCAUGAGGGGUUGACUAAAAAGAGAAACAAAGCAGAGAUAAGAGAAGGCAUAAUUAAACUAUUGAUAACAUGUUUAUUGUAUAUCUCAAAAGAAAUUUCGAGUUUGAUUGCCAUUCUUGUUUGGUCAUCUUCAGCUUUAAAUGAUUUGUAUCUUCUCUUUUUCCCUAGA